AUGACUUACAGAAAUGUUCAUGGUGUGGACGAAAACUUGGGAAUAAAGAUUCACCGGGCAGAAGAGGUUCUGUCUGAUGGAAAUUAUAUGCGGGUGAGAAUUAAAUCUGUUCACCGUAAAAAGUACCAAAAGGAGUUUGAGCGACUCUACCGGGAAGUUGAUCGAAGCAGCCAGAUCUCUGCUUCCAAUCACAUCCUAUAUGUAAGGAACACUUUCUCUAGCAAAGGUGUUUAUCAUGUGGUCAUCCCACGUGAAGACGAAGCUAUGUCCACCUUGAUAGAAAUGGGUCGUGGAUGUGCAGACGGCCUUUCAGAAAAGGUCAUUUCUGUUAUAUUAGAACAAACUAUUGUCGGGUUGUCUACCAUCCAUAAUAACGAAGUUAUUGCACAUCGAAAUUUGACUCUGAGUAACAUUGUUUUUUGUGAUCAUGAUAUCAAAGUAGCUUUUGGUGCUACUUUGUAUGAGGAAUGCACAAUCGCUCGUGAGUCAUCAUCAAGUCGCCCUAUUGUAGAGUGGGUAGAGGCUCCUGAAGUUCUUGAUUUGACUAGACAGACUCUACAACGAAAUAAAGCUGAUAUAUGGCGUAUCGGUGUAAUAGCUCUGCAGCUAGCAUAUGGUAUGUUUGACUACCCGCGAAACACGCAAGGACAGUAUACUUUUGUUCGAAAUAUUUUGAAGAAACAGAGACUCCCGAACAAAAAAACUACUGAAGGAAGCACAAGAAAAAAAUUGGUGAACACAUUGAAAUCGAAGCUUUCUUCUGUGGUUCCUCGUUUUAGAACUUUUUCAAAAUCUUUCACAAGUAUGGUUAUCAAAUGUCUGGCGGAGGACCCGGCUCAGAGGCCAACUGCAAAUGAGUUGUUGACUGAUGACUUUAUUAUGAGUAGCUGUGAUGAUGAUAAGGAUGAGUUCGAGAGGAUGCUAUUAUCAUGCCUACGAGAUGCUGAGGAGCGCUGUAGAUGGCAAAGAACCACAGCCCUUCUCCUCCACUUGUUCAUCUUGGAUGCAAAAAAAGAGAAGAAUCUGGUUGCUCUGUCUUAUGCGCAUAGAAGAAGGGACUCCUCCUCAACUGAAGGUCUCGACCCAUUUGCAGCACCCUUGGUUCCUGUUGCAUUCUUGAAAUAG